CUUGUAGCAGUGAAUCUGAACUAGCACACAGUCGCUAAAUACAAACGGCUUUUGGCUAACAGUUUCCCUUCCACGAUCAGAACCCUUCGCCGCCCCCUCCGAUGCAUUACUCCGCCAUUUUCGACGGCGAAUGAAGUAAUGUAAUGUGGGCUCAAAAAUAACCUACAUUCAACCUUCAGUUCCUUCGCUGCUUCGUCCGAGAAAAGGCCCUAUUCAAAAUCUUCUGAUUUUCAGCCAACAAACGAACACUUUGGGAAAAACAUCCCUUCAUUUUUUCCUCCAAGAAGAGCCAAAGGGCUAAAGGGGUUUUAGGGUGUAGUUUUCUCAGCUUGUUUUUGCAAUCAACAAUAUGCCAAUCAAAUGGGUUUUGCACUGGCAGCCAAAUGCAGGCACAACAGUCAACACUCAAAUACUAACAGAAGUAUCUCAGUGUGUUGAGAGUAUAAAUGGGGUUAAAGAAGGAAGGUGGAAAGCUACUCUUAGCUUCUACAAACCCAUGCUCCGAGUAGAACAAGCAAAUGCUUUGGAGUUUCCCCGUGAUUUUUUGGGUAUUUCGCUUCAAGAACAGCCCAACAAGUAUUACUUUGUAAUUAGAGGGCAACGGUUGAUCUUGGAAGCAGAGUCAUCAAUUCAGACAAUAAUGGAGAAGUUGCAGUCUUACAAAACAAGGGUUGCACUUAAUUUUGAGGGGUUUCAAUAUCAACUUGGUGACUUCCAGCUGCGAGUGGGCAAAGUUGUUCCAAUUCACUCUGAGAGCUUGAGGGGAAUAGUUAUGGAGGUAUUAAAUAGCUUUAGAUAUUUGUUCUCUGUUGAAUGCUUGUUAUGUGGUUAAGCCUUCUCCGGAACAUAGCUAUGUAGGAUUUCUGUGGUCUAUUAUGCUUGUUAUUCUGCAUGGAGAGGAAUUGAUUUAUUGUGCUUUCCUAAAAUAAUUACUACAUGCUUGUUAUGUGCUUUCCUUUUCUUAAUGCUAAAACAUGGUCACAUAAACAUAUUUUCACUUGAGACCUCUAUGGGCUGGCUGAAGGAGUUUGAGUCCUAAUUUUUUUCGCAUUAGAAGAAAGUACACUGGAAUGGAUUGAAUCAAGUCAAUAGUUGUUGGAUGUCUCUGUGGAUAUGUGAUGCUGUGUGGGGACUAUCUUGUUGAUCUUAUCUCUAUUAAGGUUCUCGAAAUGCUUAUGUGAGAUAAUGACUAGCAGCAUCAAC